AUGGAUCCGGUAUCAGUUGUGGGACUUGUUGAGGGCUCCAUCAGUUUGGCUGUGCAAUGCGGCAGUGUUGCUAAAAGCCUGAACAGCCUCGCCGGACAAUACAAGUAUGCUAAGCUUACCAUCUCGACCAUGGUGCAGAACUUGGACAUUAUGCAACUCGCGUGGGAUCGAAUUGGAGCGUGGUCUAAAGACUUUACGCCCACAGACAACAGUGGGUUUACACAUCGCCUAGAAAAUUUCCUUGGCACAGGAUCCAUGGUUCUCGACGCACUGCAGCAAGACUUGCAGUCGUACGAUGCAGCGCAUACGACUUUUGCCCAGCGAUCGCGGCUAGUGUGGAACGAAGGUACCUUGCAGGGCCAUCAAAAUCGGAUUAGAGAUCAAGCACAGUCAAUGAGUCUUCUUCUACAGGCAAUUCAACUUCCUAACACGCAAGACAGAACCGACCUACUUCAGCAAUCGAAGAAGCAGUUCAUGAAGUCAGACGAGAGCGCAUUUUCCAUCGUACCUUCGGAACUGUCUUCAAGACUUUCUCUGUCCACUAAUGAAAGCGGUGACCACGACAGUCUCAGGAGCUAUGAGAGCAUUGUUUAUCACCGGCUGAGUUUCGAAGACGAAUUAUUCACUGCCAGAGUCUACAAAAGAAAUUACAGAAAUCCACGUUGGCUACGCCUGCGGAAAAAAGAGCCCGACCUUGACCAUGGAACUGUCACUCCUCGAAAGGAAGACCGUCAGAGUACGAAGCUUAAAGAUGCUCUGAUGGCUCUGCCACCUUCCAGAGUCUUGGCCAGUGCCUUGCCGAGAGAUGAUGGUAUCCUGGUAACCAGAACUUUCCACGUAUCAACAAGCUCAUCAGCCCAUUACACGGAGUUCAUUGAAGCUUGCUACAGAGGUGACAAGGAUAGAGUAAAAAUCCUGAUGACAAUGGAUCCUGAGGAACACAGUUCCCUACCUAGCCCCCACAGAUGUGACUCGCUACAUCCCUGCCCAGUUCAUGCCACAGUCUCCGGUGGACAUGUCGAGGUCAUGGAGACAAUACUUCAACAACCUGGCUCCAAAAUUAACGUUGCCCGGGUUCCGGGACGCGCACUGUACUGCGUAAGAGGGCCACCGCUUCACCUGGCAGUAAUGAAGGGAGAUCUUCCUAUGGUGCAGGUUUUGUUAGAAAAUGGCGCUUCUGUCAAUGAGAGAUGGGCGUACAGACGACAAGCAAUUCAUUUGGCUGCAAGUAAUGGCUCUAUGGCUGUUCUCGCAGCUUUAGUUGCCGCAGGCGCUGAUGUUAAUUGCGCGGAUAAAUUUGGACGCCAGCCGCUCCAUUACAUAUCAGAAUGUCAAGAUCUACCUCAUGUUAUAGAGUACCUUGCAGAGGCUGGAGCUAAUGUCAAUGGACGUACCCAUCAGAAUAAAAUCACGCCAGUACGCCUUGCUUGCAGAGAAGAUCUCAUUGGAAAUCUCAUAGCUCUUUUAUCUCUGGGAGCUCUUGCAGGUGGUUCGGAUCUUGACACAGCGAUUAUACAUGGGUCACCAUUGUCGGUUGAAACUCUGCUGAGGCGCGGAAUAGAUGCGAACUGCUGCGGGUGUGAUGGGGUCACUGGUCUUCAUAGUCUCCUUCUGCUCGAACACAUUGAUCUUCUUGCAAAGGACCACAACGGAGACACAGUCCUCAGUCGUCUGUUUCGUCUACCGGGAAUAUCGGAUGAAAGGAUGUUGGAGUUAACAAGGCUCUUCCUAGCAAACCUUCCCGAACUCGCAGUCUUGGAGAAGACCGUUCUUAUAUCAAUGAUAGAUCAUCAAGAUACGAAAGAGGUUGAUAAGGAUGCUUCAGCGAGCAGCGGGAGCCUUCAAAGCAGUGCGCCGAUCGAGAUGAGAAACUCUCUUGGGUUGAGGGAAAUUGGGGGCGAAAUGGAGGGUGAAAUGGAGGGUGAAAUGGAGGGUGAAAUGGAGGGUGAAAUGGACAGGGAAAGCCGACACUUUUAA